CUUCCGAGUCAGGCGCCGGCCCAUUGCAAAGAGUCUAUGUUAAUUAGUUCCUAGUUUAUUUUACUUGUUGGUUCCUACUAGUUGAUAACGUUAACUCCCUAGGUGCCCUUUUAUUAGGCGCCCCGUUUGCGACCGACCCCUCCGCACGCAUGGGAUGGUAUUGAAACUAUCCCGGUGCAAUUGUUGUCCUCCUCGAGCUACUAUUACAGUAUAGGUAGCCUCUUCGUCCUGAGUGCCAAGCCGAACCACCCAACUAGGACUACCUCGUACGUCUUCUUUGGCUCACUUUUCGUUUCUUUUUCCUCUUCUCCCUCAAAAUCCGACGAGUCUUCCGCAGCCUUGCUCUUUCGGCCUUACCCCGCCUUCCGUGACCAUCACCGCCCACGCGUCACGCGACUACAGCAAAAGCCACCGAACAGCUUAGAUACCAGUGAACAUCGUUCUGACUGGAGGGUCCAGCUCCAUCGUUCCAUGGCUCUCCGUACUCCGUCCACGUGGGACGAGUACGAACGUGGUGGCUCCCCUCGCUCUGUCAGUAUUGACUCCAACGCCGUCACCGAAGACCAGUCCUUGCUGGGCGAACGUGACAAUGACGAGAAUAUCAGCCGUAGUGCUGGCGAUUCCCCAUACGCCGGCAUGCGUCAGCGUCGGAGAUCGUCCGUAUCGAGGCACCUCACGGCCCUGACCGACCUAGGUGGCGUCAACAGCAUCCGCUCCUUCACUCGCAGCUGGGCUCGCGCCGCCGGGUUCGCCGAAGUCAUUCCGCAGCGUCCCUCCUUCGUGUUCGCUCCCGACCAAGCUCCCGUGGCCACCGGUGUCGAUGGCCUCGACUAUGCGCGAACCGACGUGGAGGCGGCCACGCCGAACCAGGGGACGUCUCUCCUGCGCCAACACCUCGAAGCUGCCCGCCCAUCCGACGCCGAAAGCGAGGCCGGGUCACACCGCGGCCGCCCCGGACCGUCCCCGUCUCUCGGCGCCGCCGCUUCCAGCCAACACCAUCACCAUUCGCCGGAAGGCCCCGACAGGGAGCAAAAGGCCGCCGAUAGCGACAUGUACGGCGCCAAUGCGUACAGCUCCAGCUUUAGCGGCAGCGUGCGCCGCGCGUCCCUCUUUGCUGCCGCCCCCCCUCUCGCGAGCCCGCCCGUUGUGGGGAGUUACAGCUCAUAUCGGACCUAUGGCACGAUCUCUGAUGUGGACCGGUCUUCCAUGACCCACGCCGGCGAUCUCUGGCGUCAACAGCAGGCCGGUGUCCCUGUCGAUGGCGACCACCUGCCCAUUCUCGUCAAGGAGGUCGAGCAGGACGGGAAAAUUGUUUUGGCUGUCGAGGGCCAGUCCACUCUCCCGCAGACCAUCUUCAACUCCAUCAACGUGCUCAUCGGUGUCGGCCUCCUGAGCUUGCCGCUGGGGAUCAAGUAUGCCGGCUGGAUCUUUGGCAUGGUCACCUUGUUCCUUUGCGCCGCCGUCACCGCCUACACGGCGAAGCUUCUGGCCAAGUGCAUGGACCUGGAUCCCAGUCUCAUUACCUUCUCAGACUUGGCAUUCAUCUCCUACGGAAGGAACGCUCGUAUUGCCACAAGCAUUCUCUUCACACUGGAACUUCUUGCCGCCUGCGUGGCCCUCAUUGUCCUCUUUGCAGACACCUUGGUGCUGCUCUUUCCGGGCUUCCUAUCCGUCAACAUGUGGAAGGUCAUCUGUGCCAUAAUCUUGAUGCCCCUGAAUUUCCUCCCAUUACGACUCCUCAGCUUUACUAGUGUUGUGGGCAUCCUGAGUUGUCUUUCCAUUGUGCUCAUUGUCAUCAUUGAUGGCUUUAUCAAACAAAAUACCCCCGGCUCCCUCGUGGAACCCGCCGUGACUCAUUUGUUUCCCGCCAACUGGCUCACCUUGCCUCUUUCCUUUGGACUGCUCAUGUCCCCAUGGGGUGGUCAUAGUGUGUUUCCCAACAUUUACAGGGACAUGAGACAUCCUUACAAGUUCGGCCAGGCAGUCAAGGUGACUUUUACCUUUUCGUAUUUCCUCGACGCCCUGACGGCCCUCGUAGGCCUCCUCAUGUUCGGAGACGACGUGCUGGACGAGAUCACCUCCAAUAUUCUCACCACGAGCGGCUAUCCCAACGCCCUCACCGUCCUCCUAUGUAUCUCCGUCUCCAUCAUACCGCUGACCAAGAUCCCCCUGAACGCUCGACCCAUCGUCUCGACCGUAGAAGUCCUCGCCGGCAUCCACCACGAUGCGCUGGCCGACAGCCAGGCCAUGGUCGGCCGCUCCGCCUCCUUCCGGGGCGCCAUGAAGGUCGCCAUUCGCAUCUGUACCAUCCUAGCCUUCCUCGGCAUCUCCAUCAUCUUUCCCUCCUUCGAUAGCAUCAUGGCUUUCAUGGGAAGCGCCCUUUGCUUCACCAUCUGUGUCUCUCUCCCCUUGGCCUUCUACCUUAAGCUUUUCGGCGCCGAAAUGUCCGCCCGCGAGAAACUCUUGUGCUAUGUCAUCCUGGCCAUCUCAACCACCCUUUCCACUGUCGGCACGGUCUGGGCUUUCCUGCCCAAACGCAUCAUCGGCGCGGAGUAACAAAGUCACGGAGCACCGGAGAAGCAAAGCUAUGAGUCGAAUUGAUUGUCUUCAUUGUCGUCUCGUCGGUUUAUCGGCUUACCCCCAUCUCCUCCUUGUUCCUUCACAUCCUCCUCCUCCGUCGUCAUUUGCUAUCUAUAUACAUGCUAUUUAUACACACCUCAUAUUAAUGGUCGCAUAAUUUUUGUUGCUAGCUGUUGUAGUUAUGCUACUGUGCAGAGAGACAUGCCAGUCAAGUCUUGGAAUACCUUAUCAAUGGAUGAUAGUUUGGCUGAU